AUGCAUUUUUUCAAAAUCAUAGAUGGGCUUGGGGUUGUGCAUAAGACCAGCCUUAUUACAAUGGAUAAUGCAUCAAACAAUAAUACUAUGAUGGAGGGUUUGGAAGCUCUUAUGCUUCAACGAAAAAUACCCUUUGACAGAGAUGGUAAUUGUAUCUGUUGGCCUGCAUACAAGCAAGCAAUCCUCGCCAACCCAAUCAGAAAAAAAAGAAGUCUUGUUGCCACAUGUCGAUCAUCAGGACAACGCCGUCGGCACCUCAGGCAAAUAAUUGAAGAUGGUAAUGAGUCAGGCUACUGGAAAGGAAAGCUUAUAAAUGGCCAAGAUAAGUUGUGCCCAGUCAAUCUUCUCCGAGAUUGUGAAACUCGAUGGUCGUCAACAUUUUUGAUGGUGGACCACGGCCUUGUCUUAUACCCAGCCAUCCGUUCAUUUCUUCUUGAUCUCUUGCAAUUUGAUCUCUCCAGCCAUCUAUUGCCUGAUAAUGAGAUCAAUGUACUCUGCCACAUCCACCAAAUUCUCGAAAUUCCUCACACUGCUCAAGAACUCCUUUCUGGAGAGCUCACACCUUCGCUUUCCAUGGCCCUUCCUGCAUAUGAAGACCUUCUAACGAAGUGGAAGGGAUUACAGAUGACAAUACCUGAAUUGCAGCACUACAUCAAUGUCAGAAUCACGAAACUUGAAGAAUACAUUGGGAGAGCUCGCAAAACUUGUAUUUAUGUUCACGCCAUGGUUGUAAAUCCUGCCAUGAAAUUUGAUUGGAUUAAAAAGAACCAAUUGGAAGAGGACUACCAGAAUGCGCGGCAAUGGGUCUUAGAAUCAAUGGUGAAGUACCAAAAACACCAGUGGAUGUCAGCCACAUACACACAAAUCAACUGCUCGUUCUCAGUAGGCACGACCGCCGCUAACGCUCUGAACCAUGGGGCUGGACGGCUCUGCUCCAUUGAUGUCACUGUGCACUGCUCCCUCACUGCUCCAUCGUUAUCUACACUGACUGCUGCAGAAGUAACCCCAACUGCCGCAGAAGUAGCCCCAACAAUGAUUCCAUGUGAAAUGACAGCGGAAGAAAAACGAGCAGAGGAGGAACGUGCCGAUGCUGAGGAUUGGAGGGUUGCGUUGCAUGAGCUCCAACGCUACGAAGAGGAUGGACUCAAGAAAUUUGAAGGAAAGAUGUCUGACAUGGUUUCAUAUUGGAAUAUAAAAGAUAAUGUUUACCUGUUGCUUUUCCCCGUCACCAUGGAUGUUCUCCCCACACAAGCAUCUGCAGUACCUUGUGAAUGGCUACUCGAAGUGUUACAAGUUCUCAAGUUUUCACACAAAAAGAAUCAGCUCAGUUUCGUGGAUGACCUCAUUGCACGUGAAGAAGAUUAUACUAUCUCUGGUCAAAUCACGGAGGCUGCAUUUGAUGAACUCUACAAGGCCGGAAAAAUUGAGGAACUUCGUGAACUGAUAUGGAACUCAGAAGAUGACAGUACUUCAGAUAUAUAG